CAUGCUCACUUUGUUGUGUCUGUAUAUGUCUGAGGUCGAAGUUUUAAAACUUCCAGGUCAUUUUUUUUUUUACAAACUAACUCGAGUGCUUCACACCAAGCCUAGAACACACCGGAGCCCUGGAUAAACGGAGUUUGUCUCUCCACACCAAUUGCUCUGCUCCUCCUGUGACUCGGUUCUAACUUUCCGGGACAAAAUGGCCCACUGUCAUCAGUCUGUAAACAGCUUGUAGUUUGGGAGGACCGCUCCCUGCUCCGGCGGCCGCCGCCAUGGGGCUGCGGUGUUCUCGGAGCGGCAGCAGCUUUUCUCUUCACCCAGAGAGACGGACAGAGGGCCGGUUCACAGAGCACACAGAGUCCGAUAACGACUCUCUGGACGGGCUCGACAGGCGAGACGAUAUCGCCCAGUUUCCAUACGUAGAGUUCACCGGCAGAGACAGCAUAACCUGCCCCACCUGCCAGGGCACCGGCAGGAUACCUUCAGAACAAGUGAAUGAGCUGGUGGCGCUGAUCCCCUACAGCGACCAAAGGCUGCAGCCGCAAAGGACGAAACUGUAUGUUGUCCUUUCGGUGGUGCUCUGUCUACUGGCCUCUUCGCUUGUUGCCUUCUUCCUCUUCCCCCGCUCCGUGGUGGUGGUGGAUGCUGGAGUUCGCACAGUGACCGUGCGCUUUAAUCACUCCAGUGCCAAAGUCCUAAUGAACAUGACGAGCACGCUGAAUUUCAGCAACCCAAACUUCUUCUCCGUGCUUGUGCAGAGCGUGAGCUGCCAGGUCCUCUACAUGAAGACAGUGAUUGGGACUCAGCAGCUGGACAACGCCACCACCAUCCAGCCUCUCAGUCACAGCCAGGUGUGUGAAUACGUUAAAAAAUGGGCAACUGUCUCAGGAAUGCAUUUACAUUUUCUCUGGGAUUUUUUUGCAGUUAAGAAGUUUUUUGAUUCAUACCCCUUUGCUUUCCUGCCUGUUUUCAGAACCUCAGUGAAAACCUCAUACAUGGUGCGGACAUCCCAGAACAGCCUUGAGGCAUACCGCUACAUAGACUGUGGCUCCAAUACUUCUUACCCCUGGACUCAGCAGCAGCACAAGCACGUCACUGCAAGCCCCUCUCUGCUGUAAGGGCGGGCAGAGGGGUUCCGCGAAGGCAGGAAACUCAACUCUAGAUCCAGAAAUCUGCAACCAAAAAAUCCCUUUAAAAGAAGCGGUUUGGUUGUUCUGUUCUGAAUGGCCAAGUGAACAUAUUAUUUCAUUUCUGAUAAAUAUUAAUUGCUUUUAGUGCCUUCUUCUAUGUCUUGGGUGGGAGUUUUCUCUUUCUACACUUUCAGUUAAGCUAAGUAUCACAAAUGCCAGUCCAGAAAGAGGUUUUGUUCAUUCAGAGGCACAGGGGCUCACAUGAUGACAGCGGAGCGAAAAACUCAGUGAUUCACUUCCAGCCCGUCUCCUCAUUUAGGUACAACAGAAAGCUCUUUUCUUUAGUGGAAAAUUGUCGAAGUUCUCAGACAGAUACCUAAAAGUUUUUGUGGAAGGAAUUUGCACUGCUGAUGUUGUAAACUUAUUUCCUAACACUGUGUUGAAUGAUUCCUGCUGACUUCUUUCUUCAGGAAUAGUUAAUAAAAAAAAAAGAAAAAAAAAAACGGGAAUUGAUGUUUGUACUUGUCCUUGCUUUCCAAUUGAAAACGGCUGUUGAAUAAUUUUAACUAAUUAUGUAAUUGACCUCUGUAUAUCCGUGCACCUUAAUUUUUAUAGAUUCAGAGGGCUAGUGUUUAUGGACUUUUGUUUAAACAUAAAAUGUAUAUAAAGGUUCUUGAUCAGUGAUUUUCCAGAAAAACACAAAUUUGUUUUUUUGUUGUUGUUGUUUUUCACAUUUAUUUUUCUCUGUCCUUCAAUUAUACG